GGUUGGAGAAUAUGCAAGAUUCUGAAUAGAUAAAAGGCUAAGGAAGGGAAAGAAAAACAUACAAGUAAAACAAGAAAAGGGGACAUUGAAGAUCAAGUAAGGUGAAUAGCAAGGAGAACUGGAAGCAAGUGCAAUUAAUUCCUCAAUUUACUUUAUUGCGCAGUUGGUGGCAAUUGUUUCCUUGUCACUUAUACCCACUAGUGUGCCAACGAGAUAGGAUGGACAUAUUGACGCGAUGCACGGGCUCCACGGCAGCCGAAGUUGUAAAAUGCACAGCAAAGCCCGUCAUACGUCAUGUUGGUUAUUUGUUCCGUUUCAAGAAAGCUGUUGAUGAUCUUCUCAAAGCAAAAAAAGACCUGCAAUUAGAGUGGGAAAAGGUGCAAGGGGCUAUCGAGCGAGCUAAAACGAACACUGAGGUUGUUGAGGAGGAUGUAAAAAGGUGGUUGGCAGAUGUGAAUAAUCUCUUGGGAGAAGUAGAGGCUUUGGAAAAUAAAGUACAAGUAAACUUGAGGCUCUGUAACGGCUGGUGUCCUGAUUGGAUUCGGCAAUACAAGUUAUGUAAGGAAGCCAUACAGAAGACAAAUGUUGUCAAAGAACUCCAAGCAGAUAAGGGCAAAUUUUCUGAAUUGACCCAUCGGGCCCCGACUCCUGGCAUAGAGAUCUUGUCAUCUAGUGAUUUCGAGGUGUUUGAAUCUAGAAAAUUGGCUUUCCAACAAAUUAUGGAGGCAUUGCAUGAUGAUAACAGUAAAAGGAUUGGACUGCAUGGAAUAGGGGGAGUUGGUAAAACAACCCUGGUGAAGGAAGUAUACAAGAAAGUCAAAGAAUUGAAUAUUUUCAAAGACAUUGUGAUGAUUGUUGUGUCCCAGACUCCGGAAGUUAGAAGAAUUCAAGGUGAAAUUGCAGAUUGUUUACAACUGAAACUUGAAGAGGAGAGUGAUACUGCAAGAGCGAAAAGAAUAUGCUUAAGAAUAAAGGAUGUAGAGAAGAUCCUCAUAAUCCUUGAUGAUGUUUGGAAAGAUGUCAACUUAGAAGCUAUUGGAAUUCCAUCUUGUGAUGAUCACAGGGGUUGCAAGAUGCUUUUGACUACUCGAAGUGUGCAUGUAUGCAAUUUAAUGCGUUGUCAAAGGAAAAUUCCAUUAAAUUUCUUAGUGGAGGAAGAAUCAUUGGCUUUGAUGAAAAAAACCGCUAUAGUUGAUGAUUGCCAAGGCUUGAAUGAUGUGGUACUAGAAGUUGUUAAAGAAUGCAAAGGUUUGCCUAUAGCAAUCAUUACAGUGGGAAAGGCUCUUACAGGAAAAUCCCUCAAUGAUUGGAAUGUGGCAAUGCAUCAACUAAGAAAGUCUAGACUUGUUGAUAUUGAAGGUGUUGAUGAAGAAAAUAAUGCUUAUGCAUGUCUUAAGUGGAGUUUUGAUCAAUUAAAACGCAAAACCAAGUUAUGUUUUUUGUUGUGCUCUUUAUUUCCAGAAGAUUAUAAUAUUCCUAUUGAGGAAUUGACUAGAUAUGUCAUGGGACUAGAGGAAGAUGAAGAUUUUCACUCACUUGAUGAAGCAAGGAGCCCAGUGCGUGCAGCAAUCAAUAGCCUCAAAGAUUCUUCUUUACUACUAGGUUCAACAAAAGAAUUUGUGAAGAUGCAUGACAUGGUUCGUGAUAUUGGCUUAUGGAUGACAUCAAAAGGGGAAAAUGAAUUUGAGCUAAUAGCCUGCACUCGUUUAGAGAGAAACACAAACUUUGAAAGAGCCACAGCAAUCUCCUUGAUCUAUUACAACACCAAACAACUUCCUGAUAAAUUGGUAUGUCCAAGACUCAACAUUUUGUUAUUGGGUGGAAUUCAAAGUUCCAUAAAAAUCUCUAACGCAUUGUUUGAAGGGAUGAAUUGUCUCAAGGUUUUAUCACUACAUGGCAUAAUCUUAUCAUCACAAUCACUCGAAUCAUUGACAAACCUUCGGACCUUAUAUUUGAAAAACUGCUAUUUCAAUGAUAACCUCUCUUCAUUGGGAAAGUUAAAGAGUCUUGAGACUUUAAGCUUUUACGGACGUGGAAUAAAUGCAUUGCCAAGUGAGUUAGGGGAAAUGGCGAGUUUAAAAAUGCUAGAUUUGACGUGUUAUAGAUUGCAACAGAUUCCACCAAAUGUGAUACGAAGAUUAUCCCAGUUAGAAGAACUAAACAUUGGUAGGAGAUUCGAGAAUUGGGAUGUUGAAGGGACAACCUCAGAAAUAAGCAACGCUAACUUAUCAGAGUUGAACUCAUUACCCCGCUUGGUUAGUCUCUGUCUAGGGUUGAAAUCGAAGCAUUUACCCAAAGGCUUUGUUUUCCCGGACUUGCGUAGAUAUUUCAUAUCAAUUAACAUUUCAAAGGACUGGAGUCCUUUGAAAUCUUACGACUAUGAUAGUUUAAGCUGUAUUAACUCAAGAACCUUAGAAAUCAAAGAUUUGAAUGCCUCCUCAAUGAACGCAUUGAAGUCGUUGUUCCGUACCGUGGAAUAUAUUUGGAUUGAGUCUUGUGAGAUGGAAUGCAUUGUUGAUACAAUUGGGGGAAAUCAUACCGUUACAUUCUGUAAUUUGGUCGAACUACAUCUAUGGGAAGUGAGAUGUCUGAGAACAAUAUGCGAGGGGCCCAACCAGUAUGAAAUCUUCAGCAAUCUUCAGAAAAUAAUGCUUAUGCAUGUCUUAAGUGGAGUUUUGAUCAAUUAA